GCCUAACAUUAGAAUCUAAAAUAUGUGAAAACUUAAGCUCAUUACACCCUGUUCAAAUAAUGAUUUGUGUCUUAUUUGCUCAUAUUAAUAUCCUAGCUGGCAUAUUUUGUACUUUCACUCCCAUAUGGACCCCAUUGAAAACAAGAUGGCCUAUCUCAAGGGGCUGUCCUUAAUGAAGUAGAAAUUGCAACGUUACAACUCAGUGUGGUCUUAACGAGGGUAACACGGCUCAGCUUUUAUCAAUGUCUGUGAUUGCUGGCUGGUCUAUUUAUGAAGGCUUGUUAACAAAUAUCCUACAAACACAGAAAAUGGAGAAAAAAAGGAAUCGCAAGCCGAACUGGACUGAGGAGCAAGGUUUGUUGCUGGCCCAGUUGGUGAACGAACAUAAAGGUAUGUUACGAGGAAAAUUUGGCCCAACUGUCACUAGCCAAGGCAAGAGGCGCGCCUGGGACACAAUAUCCCAAACAAUCAAUGCCUCUUUUCCACUGGUGGUGCGGACAGGCGACGAUUGUGAGAAAAGGUGGUAUGUGCUGCAGUCCAAGGCAAAAGAUGAGAUUGCAGCACACAAGCGGGAAUCCUCACUCACAGGGGGUGGACCACCUGCAAAGCGGCUGUCCCAGGUGGCCGACACUGUCUUUCAAGUCCAGGGACACUCUGAGGUCAGUGUCACAGGGCUGCCAACAGGCAUUGACACGUCAAUGAUGCAGGCCCUUGAAAUGCAGCAAAGCAUGGAGCCAUCACAAGAACCGGGCCCAUCAAGUUUGCCGACAAGAUUGCCGCCUGAACCAUCUGCAGCUGCUACUCAGGAUAGCCCGGCGGAUCAAACACCAUUCCCAUCCGCAGCACCUGCUCCGUCAGCAUCCCUGCAGGAGAGAAGAUUGCAACUCACAAUUGAUGUGUUUGAACAACAAAAAAAAGUCCUUUCCCUUCAGGAGGAGUACUACCGCCUUAAAAUUGAACACCUAAAAAAUAAACCAUUUAGAGAUUGUGAACCAAUGGCAGAUCAGAGUGUUCUUGAAGGUGCGAACUACAAGCCUGUAGUUUUUAGAGUUUUUGGCCAGUUGAACCCUCCCCACGUGGAGAGGCAGAUGUUCUGA